UUUGCGAUGUUGUAUUAGAUGAGUAAAACAACGUAUCCCAGCUUCCUGGGCAGACCGGAAAAAGUGUCAAUCCACCUUUCAUUCCAGUCGUGCUUUCGAGAAGAAUAGUUGCUGUGGUCGAGGGCUAAUUACAUCAUAGACUGAUUAAAAUCGGCUUGAACCUUGAAUUGGGCUCCAGCCAUGGUUUGCAUUCCCUGCAUUGUGAUUCCUGUACUGCUCUGGGUUUAUAAGAGAUUUCUUGAACCCAUCAUCUACCCCUUCAUCUCGCCAAUCAUAAGCCGAUUCUGGACAAAAAAAGCAGUACAGGAGAGUGGGACAGGUGAUGCGACAGCUAGUGAGAAGUGCAAUGGGACAUGCAAGACUGAAUGCAACGGGAAUGUUAAUAGUCCUACCACCAAUGGACCAACUACAGUUUCAGAUAAAAAGACGGACUAAGAUUGCAAGGGUUCGCUGAAAGAAAUGGAGAUAUUCCACUUUGUGAUUACCUGGAUUAUUUACUGUGAUUUCAAAUAUUUUUAAAAACAUAAAUGGAGCAAAACAGGAGCUGGGGUAGGCCAUAUAGACACAUUCAUCUAAAUAUUUGACAUAGCUACAUUUGUUACAUGUUUUAGAACAUAUCACUUUUAAAUUGUAUUGUAUUCAAUAAAAAGAUUUAAUAUAUUGUUGAUCUUCUGCCUUAGGGACUUUCCUGCAUUAUGUUUUCUGUCUUCAUUAGUAAAAUUCCAUAAUCUAACUUGUAAUAUAUAUUUAAUUACUGUUUAUGUAAUACAUCUCUAUUACAGUGCAAAUAUUAAUAUUCUGAAUGUAUUUUAUUUCAACUUAAUAUGUAGAAUAAAUAUGUCAAUGUAAAUUCGUA